AAGUGUACAUGGUCAAUGGUCAUCAACGAUGGCAGAAAAUGAUUUUCAGUUGAUAAAUCCUCUGUGACAAAGUUCAAAGAGGGUUCCUCCCUCUUGUGACCCAACCUCUUACUUCAACAGAUUUAAAUUCAUUGAGAGUCAGAGAACUGGAUUAUGCACGUGCCAUGAAAAUCAUGAACACCUUAUUCCUGGUGGGGCUCCUGGCCCUUUGGAUGCACCUGCCAUCCUCCACUGCCUUGCCUCCAAUAGACAAAAUGGGGACAUGCCCUCCCAAUCCAUAUCGAUGCUUUGCACCAGGACAUAAUGCUUGCAAUUUUGACUAUGACUGCCCCGGAAUCCAGAAGUGUUGUUACUUUAAAUGUGACAAGAUUUGCCGAAACCCACAAGAUAAACCUGUCAAGUGCCCCAAAUUUCCAUUUAUUUGCUCAGUCCCUGGACGUGAUGAUUGCAACCAUGACUACGAUUGUCCGGAAAACCAAAAAUGCUGUUACAAAAUAUGUGGGAAAUCUUGCAUAGUCCCAUAAAGAGGCACCACUCAAUAGUAAUGGUAUUUCCACGUGGUUUUUCUCCAGGAGCUGCAAGGAAAGAGCAUCAUGCACAGAACAGAAUUGCUAGAUAACAUGAAGAUGACAUCCUAAGGAAGCAGUGGAUGGGGGUGGGGUGGCUGGGAAUGAGAACAUGGGCCAUGUACUGUUAGCAUUAAAUUACUGAAUUCUGCCAUUGCCCAAGCACACCCAUUAUUCUCAUUAUUUGGUGUAUUGUAUUAUAAAAUAACACAAUGCUCAAAUGUUGAAAUUCUGCUGAAACCUAUAUUGGCUAAUCUCUUUGCUCUCUUGGUAAUUGGGAAUUUAUUUUCUUUUCAUAAUUCUUCCUGUUAAAGGACAAUGUGUACCAAAAGCUGGCUUUUCCAAUAAAUGCAACCCUUGUCA